AUGGCUGAGCUGGAAGCUGACCAAGAGAUUCAACAGAUUGUUGACAAGUUCUGGGCCAUAGUUGAGUUAGCCCUCUAUGAGCAUCCUGACAAUACAGCGGAUUUGCAAGCAGCACUGGAUGAAGAGGCAGGUGAAAUGUGGGAGAAAGUGCAAACGAUUCGAGAGUGUGCGAAUGAGAUCCGCUUGUUGAUUGGUACUGCAAUGGAUGAAGGAGAUCCACAGGUGCAGGACAAGGACUUGGCGCUUGACGAUCCUGACAAACUCUUUGAUGUCAUGGCAGCAGUCCGCGAUUUUGCAGGCCAAAUGGUGCAUCCAGACAAACACUGGAAGUGGAGAUCGGCUUGUGAAAAGAUUAUUUCUGCAACUCGAAGAGCUGAGGAGCUGCUGCGGCCAUUGCUGGAGACGGAUGUUUUCCCUAACAGGUCUGAUGUGUUCACACAUCCUACCGCCCCAUCUCACUCGCAGGCUCCACUUGCAGGAAGUGUCACAGUAGUGACAUGGAAUGUGACGGAAGAAACUUGGGGAGAGGAAGAUUCAGACGCUUUUAACCUUCCUGACGCCGUUGCAGGGGGAGAGACAGAAGCAAGAAUAGGCACCCACUGCUGGAGUUGCGAAACACACACAAGAACACCGACCACCCUGAAAUUGCUGUGUUGUGCUGCAUAAUCUGGGCAACUUGAGUCGGCAUGCUAGAGAUCUCAAGCAAUCAGAGCAAUACUGCCAAGAGUCCUUAAACAUGAAGUGCUCCUUGUAUGAGCAUGAGUAUCACCCCGAGAUUGCCGUGACACUGAAUGAGCUAGGCAACCUGAGUUGGAAGGCUGGAGAUCUCAAUCAAGCGAAGCAGUACUGCAAUGACUCCUUGAGAAUCA